AGAAGCGUGUGUAAGUUGUAAUGGCCGAAAUUGUCCGCGAUAUUGUGUAAUAAGGGGCAGAGUUACGCAAUCUGAGGAUGAAAAUGUGUGCCUGGUCUGGGUGGUGAUGAGAUCUAAGUCGUUACGCAAUGUUUUAAACGAAAGAUGGGCUACUGCGUGAUUGAUCAAUCAUCGAGAUGCAACGGCCCAGCGCAGCGUUUUUUAGUUCUUGGUGCUUUCUAAAGACAACUUUGUUAUGAAUGGAUUAAGCGACCAUCAGCGGAUUAAUGCAUCUCAUCAUCAGCAAAUCCACAGUGCAAAAGAAAAGCAGGCACCAAAGUGUAAGGCAUUCAAGCUUCUUUCUGACCCAUGCAUCAUCCAAGGAGCAGGGAAGGUGUACAGGUACGAUGGCAGGGUACCCAACGACGCCACGUACCCGACGGUACAGGUGCGCGACCCACGGCCGCCGCUCACGCGCAUCUGGUCCCGCAUGGAGGUGGUCGAGCUCUCCGUGCCCAAGUUCAAGAUCGACGCCAACUACGUGGGUGCGCCACCACCGCUGGAGGUAUCGGUCACCAACAUCAACGACAACAUCGAUAAGACGUUCCUAGCGGAAAUGGUGCAUAAAUGCGGCGAAAUUGAAGAGCUGGCGAUCUUCUAUCAUCCAAGGACCAACAAGCACCUAGGCAUUGCGCAGCUCGUAUUUCGCCACGUGCAGGGGGCGAGAGCUUGCGUGGAGAAAUUCAAUCACACGUCGGUCAUGGGCAACGUGUUGAGUGUGUUCCUUGAUCCGUUCGGGGCCAAGGUGCGCCAGAUGUACACGGACCUGCUUGAGGACCGGCCGGUGCCUCGAGAGGAGCCGCCGCCUGCGCACGAGGAUCCACUGGCCGUCUGGACGGAGCCGGAGCGCGCCGACUCCGGCUCGGAGGUGGACUCGGACGUCUCGUCCGACGACGCGACGCCCGAACCGCUGAGCGUCACGCCGUCGCCGUUCGUGUCGCGCGAGCGCUAUCUCCAGAGCCACCAGCUGGUCCGCGAGCGGCUGGCCGAGCUGCACUGGCCGUACCCGUACCCGCCUCCGCCCGGGUACCAGGUGUACGGACCGCCGGCGCCGGCGUCCGCGCCAGAGCCCGGCUACGACGACGUGCUGCCGGCAGAGGCAGAACAGCUCACACCCGACCGGGUGGCCCAGCAUUCCUUAGACCAAGUAGUGAAAGAGUUGAAACAGAUACUUAAGAAAGACUUUAAUAAGAGGAUGAUUGAGAACACUGCGUACAAGCAAUUCGAGAAAUGGUGGGACGACCAAGCCGAACAGCACAAGGCGCGGGGCGAAGAGAACCGGACGCAGGGCGGCUCGGCCCUGCCUGUCAAGCGCUCCGACCUCAGCUCGCUGCUGGAGAACAAUCGCGGCUCGCUCUCCGGCGCCGGCUACGGCCUCGGCUUCCGCAUGUCACUGCCUAAGAUGCCCUCCUUCAGGAGGAAGCCGACGCGUCCGUCGCCGCCGCCCGAGGAGCAGCGGGCCCGCGCCGACCGACCCAGCUCAUCCAGCGAGGCGGAGGAGGACGAGGAGCAGCCGGCAAAGGACAGCGAUGCCGCGAGCGAGGCGGCGUCGGCCAAGAGCAGCAGCAGUAGCAGCAGCAGCAGCUCGAGCAGUGACAGCAGCAGCAGCAGCAGCAGUGACAGCAGUAGUAGCAGCAGUGAGGAUAGCGACGCCGAAGUGGAUAGCUCCAAGACGAAGGUUGAAAAGGGCGAUGUUGGGCGGAAGAUUGACAAAGACCCGGACUCUUUGUCGAAGACCGGAACAGCAAAGGCUAAGAGGCGCCUUUCAUCUGCCCAGCUCACUUCGGAAAAAGUUCAAAGGAAGCGUGAGUCUGAGUCGCCGCCGCUACCGGCCACUCCGGGCCGCUCGCCGUCCGAUGGCUCGCCGGGCGGCCGGCUGCAGCAGGAGCACUCGUACUGCCGGCCGGCGGCGCCGGGCCGCUCCGGCUCGCCCUCGCCCGAGAACACCCGCUCGGCGUUGCUGCACGACCGCGGCGACACGCGCCCGCCGGCGGCCCCCGCCCCCGCCCCGCGGGGCAAGCGGCGUGCUGAGCCGGCCGAGCCGGCGGCGCCGCGCGGCUUCGGCAAGCGUGACGUGAUGUCCGAGAUGGCGCUGCUGUACGAGUUCCUGACGCGCGGCCUGUCGCUCGAGGACAUCGACUACCUGCACCGGUGCUAUGAGGGCCUGCUGGGCGACGACCAGAACAGCUACUGGCUGAACGACACGCACUGGGUGGACCACGCGGCCACCGACCGGCCGGAGAAGCGGCGGCGGCUCAACGAACCGGCCGUGCACCGCUCUGGCUGCGCGCGCACCGAGGGCUAUUACAAAGUCACGCAGAAGGACAAGAUGAACCACAAGUACCACUUCGGCCGGACGGUGGCGGAGACGGCGGUGGCGGCGCUCGCCGACGGCCGUGAUCAGGGCUCGACGGUGCCCGACCAGCGCUCCAAGGCCGUCACGGCCGCCGCCAUCUCCCGGGAGGCUCGCAACAACCAGCGACGCAUCCUCACCGUGCUCGGCGGCGAGACCGAGAGUGAGCUGCUCAAGCUCAACCAGCUCAAGUUCCGCAAGAAGCAGCUCAAGUUUGGCAAGUCGGCCAUCCACGACUGGGGCCUGUUCGCGCUGGAGCCGAUCGCCGCCGACGAGAUGGUGAUCGAGUACGUGGGCCAGCACGUGCGCCAGUCAGUCGCCGACCAGCGUGAGCUGGUGUACGAGCGCCAGGGUAUUGGCAGCAGCUACCUCUUCAGGAUCGACCGCGACAACAUCAUCGACGCCACCAAGUGUGGCAACCUGGCCCGCUUCAUCAACCACAGCUGCACGCCCAACUGCUAUGCCAAGAUCGUCUCGGUCGAGGGCCAGAAGAAGAUCGUGAUCUACUCGAAACAGCCCAUUGGCGUCAACGAGGAGAUCACGUACGACUACAAGUUCCCGUAUGAGGAGGUCAAGAUCCCGUGCCUGUGCGGCACGCCCCAGUGUCGUGGCUAUCUGAACUGAGCGGGCGCCGGAGGCGGCCGAUGCCAGCGCAGCGGUCGGCGGCGGCGCCCCCGACG